AUGAAUUUCCAUCUUCUCGCCUUGCUGUUCGCAGCAGUUGGUGUCAGUGGACUUGACAAGACAACUUCGAUGGACAAACCCUUUCAAUCAUCAACCUUCAAGCAUCUAAAGCACAGUGCUUGCGUUGGCCUUUAUCACAGAAAUGGACGAUCUGGUUGUGGAACCACUGAUCGUGAAAUUCAAAGUGGUCCUCUGUAUUAUUACAAUGGUGCCGAAAAUCCUCCAGCUGAAACAAACUAUGUUGCUGUUUUGGAAGAGUACAAAUUUUCUGCUAGCAUCGUCUCAACUUUGAUGGGACUGUCUGGAAGCUAUUUGCAAGGUAUUCUUGUACUGAACGGAACGGUGACUGAUACUAGUGGCGAUUCUACUUCCGCGAACAUGAAUGGCGUUGUGUCACCUGGACCAGUCUAUCCUCUUGGUUCAGGUACACCGUCUGAGAACAUUGGCUAUGGCAACACUGAGUACCCAUGGAAUGGAAAUGGAGAUGGCCUGAAUCAAUAUGAUCUUUAUGGAGUCCCAAUUGUCUAUGUGAAUGAUGAAGAACCCUCCCAAUUUAUUAGACAGGCUUCGCAAAGUCAAGAACAAGAGUCCGAAAUGGGUAGCAAAAUUAUGAGCAAUUUCAAUUACUACAUGGGACCCGAUGGAAUUACAAGCAAAGAAUGCUUGACUUGGAAAGACUCCCAUAACGACAAGUGGAAUCCAAAGUGUCUACCCCUUGGUGGUUCUAGUGUUUGGGCUUUCGCUGGCUCCCCACCACCGCAACAAGUCUUUAAGAGCGCAUCAUAUGAAAGCGCCCAAGGGGAUGAUGCUGCUGCUGCAGACGCUGAUGGCAACGGACGAAAACUAAAGAACAAUGCCAACAUUCAAUACAACGUCUAUGAGAGCCAGAAGCCAGCUAUCAUCGUCGGAACUUCCAUCGACUCCACAUCCAUGUUCCAUGACCUUGCUCCUGGUACCAAUGAAGGAGCCACAAACACCUUGACAAUGUUGAUGGCUGCCUACCUUAUUGGACAAAGUCUCAACGAUGAAGCUUUGGACGCGCUGAGCAAUCGCAUCGUUUUUGGAUUCUUUGAAGGCGAAGCCUAUGGGUACAUUGGCUCAAGAAGCUUUUUGAACGAUGUUUUGAACUUUAGCUGUGAUAGCGAUUACCUUGUCAACUCCGUGUCAAAAGAUGCAAACUCGGAACUCGCAUGCCUAUACCCUAUGCGACCCAACAUGAAGUUCAAGGAUAUUGGCGAAAUUGCAGGUGUUCUUGCUGUUGAUCAAGUCGGUAUUAACAUGGAGGAAGGACUCCUUUAUGUUCAUAAUGAUGGCGGUGGUGAUUUUGGAAGCUUCCUCGCCAAUGUUCUCAAGUCGUCUGGAACUAGUUACCACACUGUUGCAGCCUCCGAAGCCCAGAAUAACAACAACAAUGGAGGAGAUUAUCCGUACCCACCAACCGCCUUGACUGCCCUUCAAAGCAUUUCUGGGGGUGCUUACAGUGGUGCUGUUCUUACUGGAUAUGACUAUGUCUUUCCCAAGCGUCCUCCCUACCAAUCACAUUUGAACUGGGGCAAUGGAGGUGAAAUCAGUCUAAAAUCUAUUGCAUCUGCUGCCACUCUUAUGGCGCGAACUGCACUUGCUGCCGCAUAUGAUGACGGCAGCUUUGAUUAUGAAACUUCAGCCGCCUACGCUUCAAACACAAUUGCUGAGCUUUCCCCUGACAAUGAAAUCAUGAAACAAUUAUACGGCUGUCUUGUUCACAAUGGCCAUUGCCGUAUGUUCAACAAGCACGCGAAUCAAGACGCCAAGAAUGAACGAAGCCGCACUAACUUUGAGAUUGGAACAGGAGCCAGCCUUGGAACGCCACCAAACUACUAUGUUGGCAUCUACAGUCCUGAAUACGGACAACCGUUUGUCCGUGUUGGAAGCCAGGUUUAUGGAGCAUACAACGGUGUCAAUUAUGGAGAAAAAGAAAGCGAUGCUGUCGGUAUGCAGCCACGAAUGCUUCAACAGGCACUUCGUAACAUUCUAAAUGACUUCCUUGGACGUGGACAAACAGAUGGAAAUGGAAGAUCAUGUAGCAGCGAAUCCGAUUGCACUAGCAUUGACUACUGUCUGACCGAUAGUGAUUCUGCCACAUGUUCCGCCAAGGGCGUCUGCGUGUGCAAGCGAGCGUACUUCCACACAGCCUUGGAUACUUCCAUUUCGGCGGCGGUCAAUACCGAUCCUGGAUUCUUCUCACUUGAUUAUGACGAUGAGCAAAGUCCAAUUUGGACCGAGCCAUUCUGGUCCAGUACCGUUGGAGUCAAGAUGUAUCGAGACACUCCAUCCGGACCAGGAUACAUUGUGCUUGGAGUAGGUGUUCUGGCAGUAUUGAUGGCCCUGUCAUUCACGCGAAAGGUGAAGUCAGGACUUCAGAAAGAAAAGGUCUAUUGA